CUGCCAUGGUAGGUUUUUGUUAAGUUGGGGUCAUGAGCUCACGGUGAAUAAAUUGUCACAUAUCUGUUUCAGGUCGUGUAAAUAACGUGAAGCGGCUCGCGCUUUCAGUCGGUAUGAUGGGGAGUAAAACGAGUGCGAUAGCUGCGGGGGUUUGUGGGGCUCUCUUUGUCGGCUACUGCAUCUAUUUCGACAGGAAGAGACGGAGCGACCCCAACUUCAAGAACAGGCUGCGGGAAAGAAGGAGAAAGCAGAGGGCUGCUAAGGAGAAAGCGGGCCUGUCAAGGCUGCCUGAUCUGAAGGAUGCUGAGGCAGUGCAGAAGUUCUUCCUGGAGGAGAUCCAGCUGGGAGAGGAGUUACUGGCCCAGGGAGACUACGAGAAGGGUGUGGACCACCUGACCAAUGCCAUUGCAGUUUGUGGGCAGCCCCAGCAGCUGCUCCAGGUUCUGCAGCAGACCCUGCCCCCACCUGUGUUCCAGAUGCUCCUCACCAAACUACCCACCAUCAGCCAGCGCAUUGUCAGUGCACAGAGCCUGAGCGAAGAUGAUGUUGAGUGAGGAGUGUCCUUCCCAAAGCUGGUGCCUGCCCCAUGGCCUCUGAUCCCUGCUCUGCUCCAGUCACCACCCAGAGGUUCAGGCUCCACCUCUCCUGUUGUACUCAAACAAGGACACAUUUUUUCUGUAAUGCCCUCAACUUAAUUCUAUAUUUAUUGUCCAUCCAGAGACAUACUUAUUUUGAUACUUUCCUGGACCUCUUGGUCUUUGGUUUGGUAAAAGUACUUAUCCCAACUGCUGUUUCUUUUUUUUUUUUUUUUUUUUUUUUUUUUUUUUUAAAAUAAGGUGUGAGCUGUCCAUUUUUAAAGCCAUGUGGAAAACAAAUGGGAUAAUGUUAAAAAUGAACAUUAAAAUCCAUAAAAUGAAUGGGUGGAACAUAUAUUGUCAUACAUUAAAACUUGCAAAACAGCAAAUGUUUUUCCUGCAUAUUGUGCACACCCAGGAAAAACAUCAUAGCCAAUAAACAGUAUGCAAGCAGAA